AUGAUUUCAAUUAUUUUCACUUUGAUACAAACUAUUUUUGCUGACAUUUUGUAUUCAAAUUCCUUCAAUUCAUCAGUAGGAAUUUAGAGUUUUCCUUUAGAUUAAUAUUGUACUAGUCUCAGUUAAGAAAAUAAAUUGAGAGUUAUGUUAACUCAAUUAUCAAACUAAAGUUCUAUUAUGGCAAUUUGUUAGACGAACUUUAAUGAUAUUGAAAAAUUUAAAACUCUUUUUGAGCAUGAUAAUUAUCAUGACUACAAUUGUCUUGUAGACUACAAUGCUUACAUAUUAGGAAAUUAAACUCAGUAUUUUAUUCUUUCUCAAUAGAAAGUGCCAACUUUAGUUUCUUAAUACCAUAAUUUAUUUUCAAUAGAAAACAAUUCAUGUGUGGCUAUAAUAUAUUCUAAAUUUAAUUCAAGUUUAAUUUUAACAAUUGAUAGAAUCGGAAUUGAUGAUUGCAUUGUGUAAUUUUAUAAACUAUUCAAGCAACUGUAAAAACUAAGGAGUUUGUAUUAAAGGCUUCUGUUAAUGUCCUUUAGGUUAUUUAGGUUUUGAUUGUGAUAUCAUUUCAUCAAACAUACAAUACAACAGUUAUUUUCAUGGAUUGCAAAUAUUUUAUUUAGAUCUUAUAACAUUGUAGACUAAUGAUUAUAAAUUAAUUCUAAAUUCAGAACUACACUUUACUAUUAUAUGUUAUGCAAAUUCUACUCAUUUAUUAAUUACUUCCAAUCAAAAUAAUACCAUAUACAUCAACGAAUAAUCAAUUUUCAAAUGUAAAGAAGAUACAGAAAAGUUAAGAUUAUUUACAUAACUUAAAUAUUAUUCCCAAUUUGUAAUUAUAACAAAUACUACUACAGGUGUGAAAUUAGCAAAAUUUUAGGAUCAAUAUUAUUCAACUCUUUUGCUUACUAUUAUUUUAGCCUCAAUUCUAGGCCUAAUUGUAUUAUUCAUGGCAAUCACAUACCUUCUUAAAAUAUAUAAGGCAAAACAAAUAAUUUAAAAUAAACAACAAUUUGAGGAUGUAAUGCCAGCUUUAUAAUUUAUAUCAGUUACAGAUAGAUUACCAUAAUCUAAAGCUGAAACUACAUGUUCAAUAUGUUUAGAGACAUUUAAAUCUAACAGUCUUGUAAGAAUGACUUAUUGUGAACAUAUUUUCCAUUUAAGGUGUUUAGAAUAAUGGAUGAAAAAGAAUAAAGUAAUCUAUUCAUUUAAUCUAAGGUUUGCCCAUUAUGUAGAUCUGCAUUGGAUACAUAAACAAUUUAAAAAAAAAAAAAAUUUGAACCUUAAAUUUUCAAAGGAAAUAGCGGAAGUGGCACCAAUCUUUAAUAAUCAACACCCUUCCAAAAACAUGAAUGCUCUUUACAUUCUAUUGAUGGAAGCCUAUCCUAUCAUUCACCUGUUAUAAAAUAAUUACCGAUUAAUUAACCUAAAAAAUUUGAAUAAAAAUGA